CAAGUUACGAGACGGGAACAAGAUGUCUGCUCUUGGGAAAGAUCUUUUGAAGAAAAAAUUUGGUUUACCUCCAAUGCCACAAAUGGGAACAGGAUCUGCAGGCAAGAGAAACCUUGUUCGCAAGAGAGACUACUCACCAGUUCACUGGGAUAAAUAUUUUGAGAAAAUGGAAGAUGUGAAGACAAACGAAGGAAAUACUUUUAGGGUUUAUGAAUGUGGCUCAGAAGGACCUGUGUUGGUAUUUCUUCAUGGAGGAGGAUUCUCAGCCCUGUCCUGGUCACUCUUGUCAGCAAGAAUAUCUUACCUUGUGAAAUGUAGGUGCCUUGCCAUAGACCUCAGAGGCCAUGGUGAUACUGUGACUACAGAUGAUACUGAUUUGUCGGCAGACAGAUUAUCCAGCGAUGUUCGGGAUAUUAUUGAAACAUAUUUUGGUGAUGACCCCCCACCUGUGAUUCUUAUAGGUCAUAGCAUGGGAGGAGCCAUAGCUGUUCACGUUGCCGUCCAACAGUUUAUUUCUUCCCUUAUUGGCCUUUGUGUGAUUGAUGUGGUGGAAGGCACAGCCAUGGAAGCCUUGAGCAGCAUGCAGACUUUCCUUCGUGGCCGACCAAAAGUUUUUAACUCCCUUGACCAAGCCAUAGAGUGGUGUGUCAGAAGUGGGCAAGUUCGAAAUCUGGAAUCUGCACGUGUCUCUAUGGUUGGUCAGGUUAAAAGAAUGGACACAGAUGAGACUGCAACAAGUGAACUGGAAAGAGAACAUGAACACCACCAGUUACCAGAAUCUAGUAACAGUGUUAUCCGUGAGGAAGAGGAGGAGGAGGAGGAGGAUACACUUGAUGUCUCUAAGAAAGGCUUGCAGAAGACAAAUGCUACUUCUGCAACAUCUUCAACACCUGAUGGAUUUUUCAGAACUCCAGAAGAUUCACAGUCUGUUAAGAAAUGUCGAUACACAUGGAGGAUUAAUCUCUCCAAAACAGAAAAAUUUUGGCCAGGAUGGUUUCAAGGUCUUUCACAGAAGUUCCUUGCUUGUAAUGUCCCUAAGAUGCUUCUUUUGGCAGGUGUGGAUAGAUUGGACAAGGAUCUGACAAUUGGACAAAUGCAAGGAAAGUUUCAAAUGCAAGUGUUGCCUCAGUCUGGCCAUGCUGUUCACGAGGAUGUGCCAGAAAAGGUAGCUGACUGCUUAGCAACCUUUAUGACAAGACAAAAGGUUGUGACACCAACAGAGCAUUUUGAAAGAAUAUUUCCAUCUUGUUGAAGACAAUUUACCAUGAAGAUUAAUUCUUGCCAUUGAAGUUGGCUAGAUUUCUCAUGGAUGCGCAGCUAGGUGACAUGUCACUGUGGUGUUAAAAUGUAAUGUCUGAAAAGAUAACUAAGCUAUAUCACUUCAAAAGAGUUGAGGCAAUGCAUCUCAGAAAAUAGCAGAUCGGGGGGAAAGAAGAGGAUUUUUAGCAUGCGCUAACUAGAUUAUAAUCUGUCACAUGCUAGAGUAUGUUGUGUUUUAUCGUUUUGUGAUUAUUUAUUAUUUUAUGCAGGUUUUGUGUAUUUUGAUAGUUGUUGUAUAAAUAUUACUGUACACAGAUGGCUAAUCAUGCAUUUAUAGAUAUGUGCAUGAGGUAUGAGAGAGAAAGGUGUAAGGAGAGAAUUUAUUAUUGCUAUCUGUAUAUGUGUGUGUGUAGGAGCUGGUUGAGUGAAAGGGUGUGCCUUUUGAAAAAUCAUUUUUGCAGCUUGCCUUUCUUUUCAAAUGAAAAUAAGUUAUGUAAUAGAAAUAGUUCAACUAAAAAGAAUGAGAUUAGAGUUUGAAAAAUUAAUAUAUCAUAAGAUAAAACUGCAUCUGGACAUGUAAUCCUGAGAUGACAUGACAAAUCAUAGUCAAUUAACUGGUCCAUUCAACUAACCUGCCUAGAUAAAACAUGUUGUCUGGCUUGAUUAGUUCUCCACUAAAUUCCAAGAGUGUUCUUUAUGGGGUUUUGUAAACUGUGACACUCCAGCAGGUAGCAAUGACUGUUCUCAAACUUGAAAGACAUAAAUAUUAAAGGUAAAGUUUAAACAUAUCUUCUGUCUCCUUUUACAUUCACAAGUGCCCCAAAAUUUACAAGGGUAAAGUAGAUCUGCAGUAAUUUAAAGCUUUUGAAAUUUAAGAAUUUGAGUGCUCACAAAGCCAAUCUCAGAAAUUUUAGCAAAGUAAGCUUUAAACCAUUUGUCAGCAUAAAUUUAGAAAAAUGUUUUUAUGGAAGGCAAACGUUUGCUAUUGCAAAUAAAAAUGGUCCAACCACAGGCAACGAAAAAAUUUUUUUUAAAAACUAUUUUGAAUAUUAGUUCAGAUUCAGUUAACAGACUGUUCUUUAAAAGUAAGUAUUUUGGUAUCAGUUUUUUUCAUAAUUGCUUGUGCAAUCUUCUAACAAAAAAUGCACAAAACAUUUUGUUUCUUCGACUUUUUAUAUUAGAUACCUAUUAUCAGUAAUGCUUAAUGGGUGGGGCCUGUGACAUCUAAAAGGCAAAAGGACAGAAAUGUUUUUACAAGGUAAUGCUUGUACAUAAAAUGAAUGACAGUGAUAUCACUGAAUUGUAAGGAUGUUUUUGACAAUUUAUCUGUAGUAAUGGUAAGACAGGCAGCAUAUUUGUUAUGUGCCCUGAAGAAGGCUAUCUUUUGGAAAUGCAAUUAUCAAUGGAAAUUUGCAACAGUAGUUAACAUGCACAAAUCCGUCUAGUUUUAAGAAGAAAAGGAUAUUGCUUUAAAAUUUUGUUGAGGAGAGGAAUGCUUGCUAAGACAUUUUAACAUCCAUUAAUCCAGCUGACAAAACAUUAGUGUAGAGCAAUUUGUUAGUCUAGAUUUCACCUGGAUUUUUUUUUCUUCCAGGUAUAUGCUGUCUGAAAUAAUAAGAAAUUUAUAUGUUUAGACUCAUGCUAGCUCAGAAGCAGUUCAAAAUGCUAUGAAUGAAUGAUUGCUCUUUAACUGUAAAUAAGUAGCAGUGUAAUCCCUGGCUAAAUUUUCCUGAGACUUUGGCAGCAGACUAGACAGAGCUGAAUGUCUUUGACAGUGGAUAAAUUUGAGACUGUCUUAACUUUUAAGUAAACAGAAAAACAAUUUUCAGGCAGUUGCUGUAGUUCAGAGCAAAAAGUCAUAGUGAAAAGCAUGUUGAGGUUCUGAUAAGUGCAUAUACAAGAAUAAAAAAACCCUGAUUAAAUUAAAAUUAAAAUUAAAAUACAUUUGUGAAAUCUUUGCCUGAUUGAAGACACGUUUCCAUUUUAAGGGAUGACUUGCCACAAAGAUUUAAACGUAGAAAAUUUAUUGUAUGUAGAAAAGGAAAUUUACAAAUACGCAUGCAAUUAUGCAUAUUUGUGUGGAGCAUAAAAGAGAAGCCAGUAUUAAACAGAUCACAUUUCCUAAGGUAACUUGUUUAUUCAGAAAAUGAAUCAUACAGAGAAUUAUAAACCAUACAUGUCUCAUAAGAAAAAUUGUGGGAAUGGUAAAUGGCUUUAGGCAGAUUUUAAAAAUAUUUAUUCAGUUUGCCUAUAUAAAAUAUGUUGGCUCUAAGAAAAAAAUGGGGUCGUCUGAUGUUAUAUGAUAUGGACAACCUGUAGACCCUCAAAAAAUGUCUCACAUUCUUCUUUAAUUUGGAUGGGCAAAGGAUUUAAGGACAUUCCUUGCACAUCCCUUCCAAAAGAAAAAAAUGCAUAUCUAUAUGUUACCUAUUAGUCUAGUCUGUUUCCACCUAUCGUUUCUCUGUUUAGAUUCUAAAGAUAGUAUUUUGACUCAACAGUUAACAAUAAAGUGUGUUUGGCUUAAUCGCUUA